AUGGAAACAUUAACAACAGCAGAGACCAAAGACCUACCGCUGAAUGUGUCUUCAAGUCUUAAUGAGUUGGAUGUUUCUAGUGUUUACCUGAAAAGGAUUAGCAUAACAUCAAUCUUUCCCUACCUGCAAAUGUUAGAUCUUUCGGCUUGUGGAUCUCAACCUCAUGCAAAGUGUGAUGUACCUGACAAAACUUUACUCAGUAACAUACAGCUUUAUCUUGAACAAAAAUUGCUGUCCCUUGAAAGCAUCCAAGAACUCACAUGUCUUAUCUCACUGCUUCAUCUGCAGUUGAGUUAUUUGGCAGACUGCAUUGGAAAAGGACUACUGUCAACAGUCUGCAAAAUACCAAUACUGAGAAGGCUGGAUUUGUCAAAAAGCCGCUUUGACAAUAUACCCACUGAGCUUUCAACAUGCUUUCAGCUCACAAAGCUGAACCUGUCCACCAACAGGAUAACUGAACUGCCAAAAGGGUCAAUACAGCCAAUGAAGCAACUGCAGUCCCUAAAUGUGAGUCAGAAUUUGCUCACCAGAGUUUCACAGGAUGUCAGAAGCCUCGUCUGCCUUAAGAUCUUAGACUUUAAUUCCAAUCGUAUCUUCGAGCUGACCUGUGAAGAUUUUAUGAACACAACACAUCUCACAGAGCUUUACCUGAACACAAACCGCAUUGCGAGACUGGAUAAGUGUGUUGUUCAAAAUCUCACAGGUUUAAAGCGUUUAGACUUAAAUAAAAAUCUUCUGCUAACCUUUGGAGACACAUUCAAAGUUGCUUUAAAGAAUCUGGAGUUUUUAGAUAUGACAGACACCUCUAUAACAUGUUGA